AUGACGGAUAAAGAACAAACUAUCUACAUGAGUGAUCUGCCGCAUGAAAUUCUGCUCAAGGUCUUUUCGUUUUUGGAUGUGCCAUCUCUGCGCCACGCUUCAUUAGGAUCGAAACUUUGGAAUGAAUUGGCUGAUGACGAUCUGCUGUGGAAGGCUCUUUGUGCUGAACGUUGGACUUUCAAAUGGAAUGCCCCAUUGCAACCGCAUCCUCUAGUUAAUUAUUCCAACGUAGAGUUUGAAUUGCAAGACAGUGAAAUCUCUAAUAUUCUCAGACGGCGAGGCUAUACAGGAGAAACAGACACCACAUCUAUUACACAUCGAGCUCUUCGGGACACCCUCCCAGAUCAUGCCCCACAUCAGCAACCCAGAUGGAAGAGCAAAUGGAAGGCUAGCUACUUUAUUGCUGAGAGAGAUUCUAUUCGUAGCGGUAUCACUGAAAGGGAGCUGAUCGCUAUUGACUGGUCGUUUGAGCUACGAUCACUCGUUCCAGCAGGUGGAUUGCAACGAACUCCAUCGUCCUUAACGUCCUACACGUUUCUAUUGCUCCUCCGGCCUCGUAUCCGAUUGGUUUAUGGGAGCGUAGAACAGAAACCCACAUACCUAGCUGACAAACUGUUUGAAAGUACUAUUACUACCACGUCUUCCAUCUUCCAAUCAACAUCAUAUUUUUGUGGACAAAGAUACCAACCGUACCUGGCUCAGUCCAGGCCCAGCAGUAUAAUCCAAACUCGCUGCUCGACACAAUUCAAGCUGCCUCCUCAACUACCACUGCCUGUCGCACCUCGUUUUGAGGGUGAUGGGAGUGACAUUGAACUGGAAGGACCACCAGAAUCAAAAAUAAUAGGGAGGAGGACAAUAGAAGCUCAAAGGCAUGAUAUAUCUCUAUCGUGGCCAGUUGGAUCUGAGGCUGACGAGGAUGUGGAGUUGCUUGCUGACGACGAAAUCUUUCACAACCACCUUACAGCCAAGGAGCGAUCUAACCUAGUUAAUUAUCGACCGGAGGGACGUAUACCGUCUGAAUCAUAUCCAAUACCUCAUAGCCCAAUAGCUCUUCCGUCAAUGAUACAACUAGUUGCCAUUUUAGCUCAUAGGAUAUUCGCUCCAGCCGUAGCAAAUCCAGGAUACAACCCAUUCAUCCAAAACACUGUAUUGACAGAAAAGUUGCAACAGGCUUGUGCUGCCGUCUCUGUAGAGCAUCUUGGACCGCUACAUCAGAAAUUAACGUCAGAGUAUUACACGAUACUGGAACACGGUGAAUAUACGUUAUGUAUAUUUGCUCUCGAGAAGGGUGAAUCGAUGCCAGUACAUGACCAUCCCAGCAUGUGUGUAUUUUCUCGAGUUGUGGAAGGUGUCUUACAUGUCAAGACGUAUGAGUGGGUGGAUGGUGAAUCGAGGGACCAUCACUCUCCGAAGCGACGUCUAGCUAAAAUAGGGAUAAACGAAGAUAUACCCUCAGAUUGUGAUAAAUCCCUGCUAGUGAUAAAACCUGGUGUAGGUAGCAAUCUGCAUUCGUUCACGGCCGCAUCAGACCGAGUAGUAGUGCUGGAUCUACUAGGCCCACCAUAUACCGAACCAGAUGGCGACAGACCGUGUACGCAUUAUCGAGAGGCCUCGUUUGCCGAAGGAAGUGCCCUCUCGUUACAAGAUGAUAGAAUACAGCAAACCAGCAGGAACGGAUAUAGCAAUAGUAGUCGAGACAGUACGGAAGAAGCUGCAGUGACUAUCUCCUCCGUGUCGUCGCAAAAGAAGAAGAGGAAGAAGAAAAAGAAACGAACAACGGCAAAAGAGCUAUAUCAACAGCAGGAUGAGUCUUCAUCAAUCACGUCCGAUUCUAUAAAUGACUGGAGAGACGAAGUUUAUUCUAGUACCGCUGUAGCUAGUGCUAGUGCUUUUGCUGCUCCAUCUGACGAUGGUAGUCGUGAUACGAUUAUUGAAAAUACUCCUGACGUAGGUGAUAUUGUAUGGCUAGUCGAAGCUCCGGAUUUAGAUUAUCCGUGUGAUGUAAGAGAAUACCAGGGCGCCGAAGUUACUCCCGAGUUAUUAUCAUCAACCGAUGUGUGGAGUUUAGAACAGUUGCUAGUGGUGACUGAUGCAAUUUUACGUACCUCAAAAUAG